AUGGGAGAAACGUGCUUGCACCUCAACCUGAGGACUCAGACGGACUGGAAAUCAUCACCUUCCUUCCUCAUUCAAGACAUCCCUCCACACACACAGGCUGUGCUGGCUCAGAGAAAGAGUGGGUCAUCAACAUUAUCAGGCAGCUGGUGCCCCCACCUCUCCUUAUCCACGCUCAGACUCUGCUUUGUCUUUCUACUGAGAGUUGACAACAUUAAAUAUCCACAAAGUGCUCUGCAUCCCAGUGAGGCCAACUCCUGCUCUGUGUGGUGGCUGUGUGAGCAGGCAGCUCAGCGUUACUACCAGAAAUGUGGCCUCCUGCCUCGUCUCUCUCUGCAGAAAGAAGGCGCCCUGCUCUCCCCGCAGGACCAGCUGCUGGCCGUCCUGCACACAAAUGAAGAGGUUCUGGCUGAAGUUUGCUCGUGGGAUCUCCCUCCUCUCCCUGAGCGAUACAAGAAGGCCUGUCAAAGUCUGGCAGUGGAUGAGAACAAGCGUGUCUCCCGGCUAUGUGAGGUUCAGGACCGGGGUUCCUCCGUGUCAGUGUGUGGCCUGGGUUUGGCCGCCUCUUCCCUCGGCCCGCUCCUCCGUGCCCUAAAACUUCAGGCCAGCCUCACCGAGCUGCAAAUUUCUGGCAACCGUAUGUCUGACGACCUUCUCCCUGAGCUGAUUGCCACAACGCUCACCAUGCCUCGUCUGCAGCUGCUGGACAUUUCCGCCAACUGCAUUACAGGGGACGGGCUGGAGAAGGCUGUAAAUGCUUUAAAGGGACAGAGUGCACCUGCAUUCCCGUGCCUGGAGGAGCUGGACCUCAGUAUGAACCCACUGGGGGAUGGCGUGUCUGAGUCUCUGUCCUGUCUGCUGUCCUGCUGCCCUGUGCUAGCCAAGCUGUCUCUGCAGGCCUGCGGCCUCACUGCUCGUUUCCUUCAGCAGCAUCGACUGCUGCUAGCCAGCGCGCUCACAGGUGACUCUCUAACAAGCAGCUGA